AUGCCUAACCCCAACGACGUUACGAUCGAUAUCCCACUGCAGAGCGUUUCCAGCCGCGGGCAGACUGGUGCGCGCAACAAUUCCACCAACAUCCCUAGUUCCCCGUCCGGGGGCUAUUCAGCCGGAGGAGACCACAAUGGCGGCGAGAAGGGCUUGACGUCCGGUCCUCCCAGUUCGCAUGGAUUUGGUCAACGUCGGCGGAGAACCAUCAACGACAAAACUGGUCUUCCCGCGGAAGAGCCAGAGGAUGGAACGGUCACUCGCUUGGGACGCUUCUAUCAGGCUGUUCUCAACUUCUCCACCAUCACUCGCUACAUGAUCUACAUCGCUCCUCUCGCUGCUCUUCUCGCUAUUCCCAUUAUUGUUGGCGCAACAGCCGCUCAAGAUGCAAAGAUUGGCGGAGUCUCGCUUCCUUGGUUCUUUUGCUGGAUUGAGGUUGUCUGGGUGUCAUUGUGGGUGUGUAAGAUUGUCGCCAAACUCAUUCCCUUCGUCUUCCAGUUCAUCUGCGGUAUUGUCAGUGCUGGAACGCGGAAAUAUGCCCUCAUUUUGCGAAACCUGGAGAUCCCUAUCACCAUGGUGCUUUGGAUGAUCGUUUCGCUCGUCACUUUCCUUCCGAUCAUGGUCUAUAACCCGAGGAACAAGCGGGAGGGCGAUACCGAGACGAAGAGUUGGGAGAAGUCGGUCAAGAACAUCCUCUUCGCUUUCUUGGUCUGCGCUCUGAUCUUCCUCGGAGAGAAGACCCUCGUCCAGCUUAUCUCCAUCAGUUACCACCGCAAGCAGUUUGACGCAAGGAUCAAAGAGUCUAAACGUCACAUCAACCUUGUUGGUAUCCUAUAUGAUGCCUCCCGCAGCAUGUUCCCUAUGUACUGCAAGGAGUUCCGCGAGGACGAUGCGAUCAUCUCCGACUCUAUCCUCCUGGCUGGACCCGAGUCUGGCAGGCCCGGUCAUUCGCGGUCCAACUCUGCGGCUCCUCUGAAAUUCAUCCGUGGGGUAGGACAGAAUGUUGGUCGACUUGGAGGAAAGAUUACUGGUGCCAUCGGAGACGUCGCCCAUGAAAUCACCGGAAAGCAAGUGUUCAACUCCGGCGCCGCGCGGUCCAUCGUCAGCGAAGCAUUGGAACGUCGUCGAUCCACCGAAGCUCUCGCUAGGCGUAUUUGGAUGUCUUUUGUGAUUGAAGGCCGUGAAGCGCUGUACCUUGAUGACCUUAUGGAGGUUCUUGGUGAAGGAAAGGAGGCCGAGGCCGAAGAGUGCUUCAUCAUGCUGGAUCGUGAUGGAAAUGGCGAUAUCAGUCUGGAGGAGAUUAUCCUGGCCAUCUCUGAGAUUGGACGCAGCCGCAAGACAUUGAACCACAGCGUGCAUGACGUCGACCAGGCCAUCCACGUCUUGGACAAUCUCUUGGCCACCAUUGCCUUCAUCAUCGCUCUUCUCGUCUUCGUUUCGUUCGUUACCAGUGGUUUCGGCACUGUCAUCGCCGCCGGUGCUACCUCCCUUCUGUCCCUGAGUUUCGUCUUCGCCACCACCGCGCAAGAAGUGCUCGGUUCUUGUAUCUUCCUCUUUGUCAAGCAUCCCUUCGAUAUCGGUGACCGAGUCGAGAUCGAUAGCAAGCCUUACAUGGUUCAACGCAUUUCGCUCCUGUACAGUGUGUUCCGCAACGUCAACGACAAUCGCGUCACUCAGAUCCCCAACGUUGUCCUCAACACCGUGUGGAUUGACAACUACUCUCGUUCCUCAGCUAUGCAGGAGCGAAUUACCAUUGAUGUGAACGUUGACACUACAACUGAAGAAAUUCAGGCUCUGAAGGACGAAAUCGAAGCCUUCGUCCGUAGCCCGGAUAACAAGCGCGAUUUCCACCAAGAUGUUGACAUUGAGGUAUCGGGUGUAGGAGCUCUUGACAAACUAGAACUCACUGUGAGCCUCUUCCACAAAUCCAACUGGGCUAUUGAAACCGUUCGUGCCGCGCGUCGCUCCAAGUUCAUGGUCGCUCUAGUUGCCGCCGUCAAGAAGGUCCCUAUGCGCCUCCCAGGCGCGGCAGCUGAAGAAGCCCCUGCCGAAGACAGCGACAAGCCAGAUGACAAACCCGAUGACGCCGCGCAGCCUCCCGCUCAUCAGCCCUCCACCAGCGAGGGAAUGCGCCGCCCUAGCGCCCCAGACAUCAACAUCCCCUCUGACUCCAAGUCAACCGGCUUCGACCUGGGCCGCUCAGGCUCCGUCCAACGCCGCGCCGCCGCCGCCAGUGCUGCCGGUAACAACUCAGCCGGCAGUGCCUACAGCGAAAGCACUCUCAACAACACCAACCCCGAACUCUACAACCGCGCCAACUCCCCCAACCUGAGCGACCGCGACACAGACCACUACCGCGCCUCUGUCAGCUCGCCCGUCGCAGAGCGCCAUCUCAGCGUCAACCACGGCUCCAUGGCCCGCAAGGCAUCCACAGCAUCCACCGGUCGUCGUAGAGCAGGCACGACAACCUCUCCAAACCAACCGCUUGCAUCUCCCACAAGCCAGCAUUCCGAGUCUAUGCUCCCUGCUCAUCUGCAGCCGCCGCCACUUCAGCCCUCGCCGUCGGUGUACUCUCAACCGCAGCAGCCGCCGCCACUUCAGCCCUCGUCGUCGGUGUACUCGUAUGCCGAGCGCUACGACCAGCCUGAGUCGUCGAGACAGUCGCUAGAGCACCCUACCCCUUACAGCCAGCCGCUGCCUCAGGUUUAUGAGUAUGCUCCGACGCCGGAUAGGAACUCGCCUGAACCCCAGUCGCCGCGUGCUGAUCCGCGGUACAUGACUGAGGAGCAGAGGAAGAACUAUGAGUCGCGCAGGCAGUGA